AUGGCGGCGCCGGGGCCCGGCGGGGGCAGCUCGGGGGGAGCCUCGGGAGGAGCCCCCGGGCCGCCCCCGGAGCUUCACCCCCGCUGCGGGCGCCUCGUGUCGCUGUCGCAGGGCGGGCGCAGCGCGGCCCGGGCCCAGCCGGGCCAGGAGUUCAACCACGGGCUGGUGCUGAGCCGGGAGCCGCUGAGGCCCGGCCGCGUCUUCACCGUGCGCAUCGAUAGGAAGGUCAAUUCCUGGAGUGGCUCCAUCGAGGUGGGCGUCACCGCCCUGGACCCCGCCGAGCUGGAUUUCCCCAGCAGCGCCACGGGUCUCCGCGGUGGUUCCUGGGUGGUGUCCGGCUGCUCGGUGCUGCGGGACGGGCGCUCCCUGCGCGAGGAUUUCGGGCCGGACCUGGACGCGCUGGCCGAGGGCGACCGCGUGGGCGUGCAGGCCACGGCCGGGGGCGAGCUGCGCCUCUGGGUCAACGGCCGCGACUGGGGGGUGGCCGCGGCCGGGCUGCCCCCCCGGGUGUGGGCGGUGGUGGAUCUGUACGGGAAAUGCACCCAGGUCACCGUGGUGGCUCCCGAAGUGGCGCCCGUGGCUACUGGCAUGGAUGCGGCGGCUACCGAGAGCGGGGAGCUGCCGGCGGCGCUGCCCGGGAUGGAGGAGGAGGGGAGCGAGAGCGGAGCGCUGGGCGCCCCCCCCCAGCCCCGCCCGGACAAAUUCCCCGACAGCCUGGAGCCACCAGGGGGCGCCCCGUCCCUGACCAACGAGGCGCUGCUGUUCCACGAGAAGUGCGGGGCCCUCAUCAAACUCAGCAACGGGCACAAAACGGCCGAGAGGCGGCGGCCGCUGGACGAGUUCAACAACGGCGUGGUGCUCACCAACAGGCCCCUGAGGGACGGGGAAAUGUUCGAGAUCCGCAUUGACAAACUGGUGGACAAAUGGUCGGGGUCCAUCGAGAUCGGGGUCACCGCCCACAACCCCAACAGCCUGGAGUACCCGGCCACCAUGACCAACCUGCGCUCAGGGACCAUCAUGAUGAGCGGCUGCGGGAUCCUGACCAACGGCAAAGGGACGCGCCGGGAGUACUGCGAGUUCAGCCUGGACGAGCUGCAGGAGGGCGACCACAUCGGGCUGACCAGGAAGGCAAACAACGCCCUGCAUUUCUACAUCAAUGGUGUGGAUCAAGGAGUGGCCACCACGCUGACCCCGCAGCAGGUCUAUGGCGUCGUUGACCUGUACGGCAUGGCGGUCAAGGUGACCAUCGUGCACAACCACAACCACAGCGACCGCCUGCGCCGCAACAACGCCAUCCUGCGCGCCCUGUCCCCCGAGGGGACGCUGGGGACACCGCGCCGGCCACCCCCGGCCACCGCCACCAACCCCGCCCCGCCCCCGCGGCUGCUCUUCCACCCCAACUGCGGCCAGAAGGCGGCCGUGGUCAACGAGGGCCGGACGGCGCUGCGGCCGCAUGCCACGGAUGACUUUAACCACGGCGUGGUGCUGAGCGCGCGGCCCCUCGGGGACAACGAGCUGUUCCAGGUGCGGCUGGACAAGAUGGUGGACAAGUGGGCGGGGUCCAUCGAGAUCGGCGUCACCACCCACAACCCGGCCUACCUGCAGCUGCCAUCAACCAUGACCAACCUGCGCUCAGGCACGUGGAUGAUGACCGGCAACGGCGUCAUGCACAACGGCACCACCGUGCUGGACGAGUACGGCCACAACCUCGACCGCCUCAAGGCGGGGGACACGGUGGGGGUGGUGCGCAGGGACGACGGGACGCUGCACUUCUUCGUCAACGGAGCCCCCCAGGGCCCUGCGGCCUGGAACGUCCCCCCCAACGUCUACGCCGUGGUGGAUCUGUACGGGCAGGCGGCGCAGGCCACCAUCGUGGAGGAGGGAGAGGUGGCGGCGCUGUCGGGGGACGGCUCCGAGGGUGACAGCGCCGGGGACAGCCCCGACAGCGCCACCCCGGGGACGUCCCCGAGCGACCUGCGCUUCCACCGGCUGCACGGCGCCAACGCCGUCAUCACCAACGGCGGCCGCACCGCGCUGCGCCAGAACUGCCGAUCGGAGUUCAAC